CGUGAAUCCAAAAACUGUCUAAUGUGGAUGCUGUAAUUUGGCUGCCUCACUGAUCGGCGCUCGCUCACAGCUCCCUCUGGACUGUAAACGGCUAUAUCACGAUGUUGUCACUUCUCCCGUUCUCUUGCGCUUCUUGAGGACACUGGAUCCCCUUACAUAUGUUCUGGAUCUUUCGUCUUGCACGCCCGCACGGCAAUUUUUAGGCUUCAUUUUUGCAAACAGGUUGCGCAAUAUAUAUUGGGCACUAGUGCGGUUUUCUAGGCCAUCUCCUCUUACCUUCAAGCACUCCUUAAAUCAGUUGCAAGUGUCAGGAGAAAAUGCGAGUCGUCUCACUUGUGAUCGCAGCGUUUGUGGUCGCGAGCGGGGCUCAGAACAUCGGCCCUGGUCCAUACAGCGUGGACGCCAUUCAAGCGUUGUACGGUGCCUCCGUCGCAUCACAGUGCGCGACUACUUGUAGUGCUCUAGCAAACAAGGGCGGCCCAUCGGGCUGUCAAGCAUCCGUAUGUUGUGCAUCGAACUUCAUUCACAGCUACCGUAACUGCCUCGAAUGCAUAAGUGAGGUUCUCAACGGCUCCAGUACCACUAGCAGCACGAAAAGCGCAGUUGACCAGCUAUUGAUGUCUUGUAUUCAAGUGGGUGCCCUGCCUCCACACCCGACGGCGUUUCAAAAUCACAUGAACCAUACCUCAUAUGCUAUGGCAUCUCAGACGGGGUCCCAGUUCUCCCUAACCAAUUCCCCUGCGACUGGGACUGGGGUCGUCACAGUACUCCCUGCCAGCAGUGUGAUCAUUCCCACUAGCCUCUUCUCUCGUUCCCCUACUAUCACUACAUCAGUCAAUGUGACACCCUUGUCGACGAAUGGUGCAGUCAGAACGACUGUUGGCCAGGCUCACAGCGGUAUCGCGUCAGUGCUUGCAUGGGUUAUUCUCCAAACGAUGUGAUUGAUACCUGUGAUGCCUGCACUGAGUCGGACAUGAUACAGGUGACAUUUAUACGAAUCCCUCCUCUCGCCGGAUGUUUGCUUUACAUUAUCACGUUCUUCUAUGGUUUCUCUGCCGUUCGUUGUUCCUCGGGUCCUUGUGGUUUCCUUGACGUUCACUUGUUAUUUGACGGACAAUCAUGCACACUCAGUACUGUUCCCCGUCUACUUAUUGCUAGCUCUGUGCCUAUGA